GUGGUGUUCACUUCCAGCCCCAUUAACCUAUUCAAAAAUGUUGUUAUGUGAAAAUAUCACAAUUAUGAAUGAUUUUCUGCAUAUUUCGCUGUAUUCCCUGUGUUGCAGUAGAGAAACAGUAGUCUGUGUCUUUUUAAAAUAAUGAUAACUGAUUGGAAAGUGAAUUUCCAUUCAAAAAACAUCUUUUUUUUUUUCUGUUUUGCUGUUUUACAUGACAACAUUGGAGAUGCGAACCAAAAAUGCUAGCACGUGUUUGAAACAUCGCCUAAUCAUACACAUAGAGACAUAAUUGGGUACCUACCUGGUCACUAAGAGUUGAGUAUUUGGGCUAAUCUUCUGGACUAGUUGUCCUAAUUGGAGUACUAAUUGUACUCCCAGAAUUUUGUGGUGGUGAGAAAAACAUCAUGAGCAAAGGGGUUGUGACAGAUUUAAGUAAACUUCAAAGCAAUAGGCCAAAGGGAUCCACUCCUGAAUACUUUUAAGUCAUAGAUCUGAAAUAUAUGACAUAAAAUGAAUUAUGUGGGGUCCUCGAGGAGAGUUAGGGGCACUGAGGAAAGGAAAGAAGGGGUCUGGUAAGAAAAUCAGGUAUUGUGAGAAAACUAAGUCUGAAAGUAUGAAUUUGAGGGGACUUGAGGAGAAAAGUAUGUCAGUUAGGUAAGGUUCAUAUAUAAGCUAGGAAUCCAACUUAGUAAUCCAGGAUCACUAAGGCUGGGAGAGGAAAAUUAUGCUUUAGGAAAAAGUGGUAUAAUCAUCGCACAGGAGUGUAAUCAUGGGAAGAGACAGCUUCUGAUGAGACAGAGGAGGAGAACAUUUCCUCCCUUCUUGUGGGCUGCCAUUAGCCAAAGAAUGAAAUAUGGAAUUCUUAGGCGGUAAAGAAGGUUGGAGAAAGGAUUGUAAAGAUGGAAGAGAAGACAGUAAAUUCCAGGGCAAUGAGAAGAGGGAAAGGGAAGCAUCUGUUUGUAAAUAUGCAUAACACAAAAGUCAGUGAUGUUGUUUGUAUGUGUGAGUACGUGUGUAUAAAAGCUUCACCAGGGUCCUAUGUAUCCUGGGUAAGCAGUUAACUGGUCAUAAUUCUCUUCCUCCUUCCUCCCUUUCUGGAGAUGCCAGUUUUCUCUUUUGGUAUGUAAUAAUAGCCUCCAAUAUAUCGUGGAGAAAAUCUCCACACAUCACUCUCAUUGUCCCCCGUCUCUUCAGCCAAUAUCUGGUUAGACCAAGACCCCACCCUGCCCUAAAUUGUGUCCCAUUGCAAUUUGCUUCCUUCUAGUUGCUGCUCCUCUCUCUCUGUUGCUCUGCCCUACACACAGGCACAGACACUUCCCUCAAUUCCAUGUAAUGACACCAGAGACGAGGCUGCAACUUCCAUUAGGACCUGUUAAAAGUAUAGGAAUAACGGAAAGAAACUACCAGAAGGCUUAGAAUGAGAUACUAGGUAUGGCUGUUCUUAGACUCCACCAGCUCAACCCCCUCCAUGGGAAUUGUACCUUCAGCCACCUCUCUGAUCGAAUAUCUAGUCCUUCUCAGAGUUGAGGUAACUACCCCCAAUACCUGGCCUGACCUCAAGUGGGAAGGACCAGCUUACCUCACUCCAGAAGUAAUCUCAGUCCUCUCUCUCCUAACGACAUCUGUCUCACCCUGUGGUUAACUCCAAGAAUGGCAAACAGCUUCCUCCUCGGCUCUCAUCUCCAUGGUUUGCUUUGUUCCAGGAUGACAAACAGUGUGAAACUGGCCCCUCAUGAGAAUCCUGUCAGUGCCUCUGUGUCUAUUCUUCCACCUCUCUUCUCCACUCUCUCCAGGUAUGCCUUUUUACUGGUCUGUGCUCAGCAUCCUUUUGGCCUUUCUGCAUUACAAUGACCUGUGCUCAUAUAUUCUCUCAUCUGUAAUGAGCACCUUGAAUCCUACCCACCCAACUCCGAUUUAUCCUUGUUUUCUCCCACAGUGUGGUAUCCUGAAAAAAACCAUAGAACAUGGCAUCAUCCUGAGUAGUUGGACUGAAACAAAUUAGGUCAGCUGGGCCUUUUUCUGCCCAGUUCUCCAAAAAAAGAAACCAGAGAGUCACUGGCUUCCCUAGGAGAAGGGUAUGCCUUUCAAGGACUUCCACAGUGUCCCCACCCCUAACCCAACCCGGCUGAGGUAUAAAUAGACACCUGGCAGCUUCUUGCCCUAACCUGCUCUUUUCUUUCCAAAAUGGACAAGCCCCUAUUGCUGGGACUCCCCAUCCUGCUCUGCUGCAUUAGAGUUCAUGAACUAUUUACUGAUGAAGACCAUUAUCUUGCCCAAAUGACAGGAAUCGUUCAGUGUAGGAUGUGCCACUUGCAGUUUCCAGGGGAGAAGUGUUCCAGAGGCAGAGGAAUAUGCAUUGUAACAAGUGAAGAGUCUUGCACAACUGGCAGGAUUUCCAAGAAAGACGGUACUCCAUGGUUAAUGUUCAUGGGCUGCCUGAAGAGCUGUGCUAAUGUGAGCAAAAUAAAAUGGAGUGUCUACUUGGUGGAGUUCAGGUGCUGCCGGGGCUAUGACUUCUGCAAUGAAUACCUAUAGAGACUGCCUGUCCUUCAGUAGCUCCAAUCUCUGGAUGAUAUUGUUGCCUCCGCCUCCUUGCAAUGAUUUCUUAAAAAGCCACAUUUCAGGUUGCAAACACAUGGUUCUGCCUUCUGCGUGUGUAAGAAAAAGUCCUCUCCUUUUCUAGAUUUUCUCUCUUGGUCCCUGGUGGCAGGUGGGAUUUGGGGAAGGGGGGAGGACAAACACCUUGGGAGUAAGAUCAAUGUCUCCCACAGGUUAUUGCAAAACCUAGUGCUUCUACUGUGUAGCCUAAGGUGCUUCCAGAAAGGGAAGACGAGAAUCGGGGAGCAAUUCUUUUCCCGACCUUCCCCCUUCUUUCUGAGGCAGGAUAUUUUCCUUCCUUUCUUCUUCUUAAAUGUUUAUGUCUCUUGGUAUUAUCCUUCCUAUCUCACUCCCACGAAAGCUUAUAACCCUGGCCUCACAGGGAGGGAAGUAGCAAAAUGAAGAGCUGGCCUGAGUCUUCUUGAAUUUUGUUCACGAAUGCUGUUCCCAGGGUGAGGAGAAGGGUAGAGCGUAGAAAAGAAUUUGCAUCAGAAUCCUGAAGAGAGAAUAAUUUUCUGCCUUCCAGAAUGAGACUCUCUUCAGGGUUACGGGUUGGAGAAGAAGUGGAGAAGUCAGCUACGGGAUCUAAAGAUAGUAACUUAUACCCUGCUUCCCUCGCAAACUCACCAGAAAGCACCCUUAGCUAUGGAAGAGCUGUGGGAUACUUUCAAGGAGAUGAAACCAGAAGGAGUAGCCACACAAAUGUUACCAUGUGUCUAGCAUUGCAUGAAAGAAGCUGAAAUUUGUGGGAUCUGAGUAAGCCAUGUGAGUCUGGCCCCUGGACAUCUCAACAGCAAUCUCUGUACAGAGCUGUCCCCAUGAGCAGAUGCCUCUCCCCUUCCCCCACUGCACACACACUCAGGCUUUCCGCUCUGUCUAGUUCUAGUACCCUGGAAAAAUAGGAGUGAGCAUGAACAUGCGCACAGGAUUGAGACUAAUUUCUAACAACCUGGUAGGAUGAGGCCUAUUUAUGUGAUUAUGUAAAUAUAAAUUCACUUUUCCUGUUUUGUUCAA